CACACUGAACGUUCAACUUAUAGACUGGCAUUCAUAAGUGACACCAUGACAAGCAACUGUUCGUUUGAAGAGGUGGACCAGCUGAUGAAAUAUUUGGAGCCGACCAUCUAUAUACCCAUAUUCCUCUUUGGUCUGAUUCUCAAUGCUAUAGCGCUGUUGGUGUUUUGCAAAUUUUUGCGAAAAUGGACUGAGUCAACUAUCUACAUGACCAGCUUGGCUCUGAUGGACCUGGUCCUCCUCUUCCCUCUUCCCUUCAAAAUGCACGCAACUAAUCACCUCUGGCCCGCCCACCUUCAACGUCUCUGUUCAGUGUUGGAAAGCCUGUAUUUUGUUGGGAUUUAUGGCAGCAUCUACAUCAUCAUGUGCAUAGCGGUAGAUCGAUGGCUUGCUAUCUGUCACCCGUUCAAAGCUAAGCAGCUGCGUUCACCCAAAGCGGCUCUGGGGACCUGUGUGGGGGUCUGGUUACUGGUGCUGGCAGCAAUGUCUUCAACCAUCUACCGCUUCGGGGAGGGCAGGCAGACAUACUUCCACUGCUUCCAUGGGUUUUCAGAGAACGGCUGGAGCCCUUCAGUGAUCAUCUCUCUGCUGAUAUUUGGCUUCCUCAUACCUGCACUGGUGGUGGUUUACUGCUCGGUCCAGACCGUCUGGGCACUUCAGCAGUCUGGCCAGCACAGCCCCAAGAGCCAGGCCUGCGUGAAGAUCAUCUACAGCAGCCUGAGUGCCUUCCUGGUGCCUUUCACACCGAGCCACCUGGGCAUCCUCCUGCAGUUUCUGGUGCACCAAGGAAUCAUUCAGGACUGCGGCAACAAGACCAGAAUCAGCCUGUUCAUACAGAUAGCUAUGUGUCUGUCCAACAUCACCUGCUGUCUGGACGCUCUGUGCUACUACUUCAUCGCCCAUGAGGUGAGGAGCACCAAACACACCUUCAGGAUGACAGUAAGAAGAGCCACCUUCAGCACUUCAGAGCUCUGAACAUGAGAUAAAGACAAUUCAAGUUAAAAUAUAAUCAGUUGCCAGAGGACCACUAGUAGUGAAUACAACAUCUGGCUUCUUGAGUUUUUGCAGGGCAACGAAAGUUAAAAAGAGCCAACGAUGUGUGUUCGCUAUCUUAGAGGCGAGUGCGGGAUGCCACACAACAGAAAUGAGUGGUACAGAAGCAGGUCAGAGUGCAAACUCAACCAAGUACAGAUGAGAGUAAGGCUAAAAUGUUGUAUUGCAAAAGAUCUGAUGAGCACUGAUACGUCAGUUGGUCCACUGACAGGAAGUUGGUAGGCACCUCUGAAACCCAAAGCGUAGGCUGCAAGAAGAAAAUCUGCCAAUGAACCACAAUGUGUCGUUUCUAGAAUGGGAACAAGGUAGAAGGUUCAAAGUACUGUCAGGUAGUCUGGUCCUAUACACUGACAGCAAUGAGACACUGAAGUGGGUAUGAUUCAUUUUAAAGAAGUACAACGUUGUCUAUUCUCAAGUAGCAAAGUCAAAGGUUCGGUAUGUGAUAUGCACUUUUACAGUUUUACUGAUGUCCGCAUCAGAAGACGUCACCCACCUAAGGUCAGGAGCAAUUUGGGUCAAUAGAUAUUAAAUUAUGAAACUUCUAUGAAACAACAAAUUAUGAUCAUAAUCAUAGGUUUUAAUUAUAUAGUAACUCUCAUACAAAAUGUAGAUUUACAAAUAAAGUCAACCUGAGAUUAUACCUUUAACAAGUUUCUUCUAAUGUGAAUGAGGAGGCAAACAAGCGGACAGGCUGCUAAAGGUUUUAUUAACAGAAACUGAUUAUUAUUUUUAAUUUUUUCUUGCUUAUCACUUCUUAUCUUCUUGAGGCUCAUCACAAUGAACCUAUAAGAUGUUCUUUUGGUCAUGAAAUGUAAAUAUGUUUAUAGGUCAUUUGUAUUUGCCUUUUUCUUUUAAUGACAUAAUGUAGCUUCAUGUGCAAUAAUGUUGUCCUGAGCUGUAAACUGUAGAUAGGACAGUUUUAAUGUCAGUAUGUUCACAGUGGGACGACACUUAUGUGAACAAAGUCAAAGCUAAACCCAAAUGGAAAGCUGUACGUAAAAUACAUUAAGCCAUCCUCGGACUUACUCUGCUCAUGUUCACUAAAUGUGUUAGGUGUUCUUGACUCUACAAAGUGUUAAGUUACGAGAUUUAAUGAACAUUAUUGCUACUUUUAUCAUAUUAAAUAAUCUGUGAAAAGUUCUUUUCUAAGACCAGAACCAAGACAUUAAACUGUCACGUUCUGGUUUAGUGUUUGUUUCAAUACUCUCACUUUGAACUUUUGUGUUUUUUGUUCACACCAAGUUUUAUUUUGUUUCUGUUACUUCAUUUUCUGUUUCUUUUAAUAUAAUCCAUUUCAUUUAAAUGGAUUUUGUUUAUGUGAAACCAGGGGGUUUCUCAAGCUGACACAGCUCAUAGUUCUAGUCGG